CUGGACUCUGGAGUUCUCGACCUCCUCACACACUCAUCAUCGUCCCCCCACACGCGGCCUUUCUGCAUGCAGCUUCGGAUCCCUUCCUUUUUUCUUCUGCUUGUCCCGUCGUACAACGCAAUGCGGUUCAGGACGGUGGCGUGGUCAGGCUGGCUGGCGUCGCACUCCAUCUCCUCUGCACUCCUCUCUUCUCCCCUCCUCGCGAAUGACCAUUUAGUUACCAUACCUACCAUUUGCCAUUCUCCCCCACUCACACUCUCGCACCCUCACUCACUCACUCACUCAGGUCCCCUCCCCCCUCCCUCCCUCCCUCCCUCCCUCGGUGCAGGUUACAUACAUCAUACAUAGAAAAGUUACUUUUUCCCUUUUUCCCUCCUCCACUUUCCUGUUGCUGUUGGUUGGUUACUCCUGGUGACCUGCGUGGACCCUGAGUUUCGUUCCGUUUCGUGCCAACCGUCCAUCGUCCACCACUGCUCACCCGCCACCACCACCACUGCUCACCCGCCACCACCACCAC